GAGGGAGGGAGGGAGGAGGAGUGGGGGCUCUGCUCGCUCACGUACGUCGAGUGAUGCGAGUGAGCGAGUGAGUGAGUGAGUGACAGAGCAUCGCCCACAGUGUCUCUCAGACUCUUAUCAGCUCCGACUCCGAGUCUGGAGGCAGCGGAAAUGUGGCCAACGCAGCUCGGGGUGUGCGCGGGGCGAUACAGGGCAGCGUCACCGGCUGAUGAGCCGAGGAAAAGCCAUCUCGACCAACAGCACUCAUGUGAGUGACAGACUCACACCGCACAGUCACUCCACUGCCACUGCCACUCACUCCACUCACUCACUCACUCACUCACUCCCACCACCACCACCGCUUGUGUCAGCGCCGCAGAGACCAUCCACAACACGCGCACAACUCUGCAAAAAAAAAACCCCUCGAGCACCUGAUAAGAAUGUCCCAGUGGCAUCAACUGCAUCAGCUGGACUCCCAGUUCCUGGAACAAGUGGACCAGAUGUACGAUGACACUUUUCCCAUGGAAGUCCGACAGUUCCUAGCACAUUGGUUGGAAAACCAAGACUGGGAACUUGCGUCAAGGAAUGAAUCUUUGGCCACACUUCUGUUUCAUAAUUUAUUAAAACAAAUAGACGACCAGUACAGCCGCUUCUCUAUUGAAAAAAACUUCUUACUUCAGCACAAUCUGAAAAGAAUUAAACAAAACCUUCAGGUACAGUACCUGGGGAACCCUUUGCACAUGGCAUCAGUUAUCGCUGCCUGCUUGAGGGAAGAGCAGAGGAUUCUGGCAGCAGUGAACACACCGGAGCAGGGGGACGAGGAAAAAAUCAUGCAGAACUCAAUGAUUUCGGAAAGACAGAGAGAACUGGAACAGAGAAUGACAGCCAUGAAAUCCAAUGUACAGGUGGUCGAACAGGAUGUAAAGUUCCUCGAGGACCUGCAGGAUGAAUUUGAUUUCAGAUACAAGACACUACAGACACAAGAACACUGUGAUAGGAACAGUAUUCAUGUGAAGGAGGAAGUUUUCCGGUUACAAGGAAUGCUUAACCAACUGGAUCAUAAAAGAAAGGAGAUUCUCCAAAAAAUCACAGAACUGUUGAACCAAAUGGAUUUUCUCAUGAACAGACAACUGAUAGAAGAGCUGAUAGAAUGGAAGCGGCGACAGCAGAUCGCCUCCAUCGGAGGGCCUCUGAACACAUGCCUCGAUCAGCUGCAGAACUGGUUCACGAUGCUAGCAGAGAGCCUGUUUCAGGUCAGGAGACAAGUGAAAAAACUGGAAGAGCUGCUGCAGAAGGUGACUUAUGAAGGUGAUCCUGUUCCACUGCAGAGACCCCACUUGGAGGAAAAAGUAAACAUUUUGAUCUACAGCCUCAUCAAAAGUUCCUUUGUGGUGGAGAGGCAGCCUUGCAUGCCCACCCAUCCCCAGAGACCCAUGGUCCUCAAGACUGGAGUCCAGUUCACUGUCAAAAUAAGGUUUUUGGUAAAAUUGCCCGAACUGAACUAUCAGCUAAAAGUGAAAGCUACAAUUGACAAGGAAAGUCUAACUGCAAGAGGCUAUCGUAAGUUCAAUAUCCUAGGCACUAAUUGCAAAGUAAUGAACAUGGAGGAGUCAGUGAAUGGAAGCCUUUCUGUGGAAUUCAGGCAUUUGCAACUCAAAGAACAGAAAUCCUCUACAGGAACCAAAGGAAAUGAGGGUCCUCUGAUUGUGACAGAAGAGCUCCAUUCAAUCAAUUUUGAGACACAGUUUUGUCACCAGGAUUUAACAAUAGAUUUAGAGACCAGUUCUUUGCCUGUCGUAGUCAUCUCCAACGUGUGUCAGCUACCCAGCGGCUGGGCCUCUGUUAUAUGGUACAACAUGCUGAUGAACGACCUCAAGAAUUUGGCUUUCUUCACCAACCCGCCUGCUGCCAUUUGGAGUCAGCUUUCAGAGGUGCUGAGCUGGCAGUUCUCAUCUUAUGUGGGUCGAGGUCUCAAUUCUGACCAACUAAACAUGUUGGCAGAGAAACUACUUGGACAACAACUGAAUUAUAAUGAUUGCCAAGUUUCGUGGAGUAAAUUCUGUAAGGAGACCCUCCCUAAUCGGUUCAGUUUCUGGCUUUGGUUGGAUGGGAUCUUGGAACUGAUCAAGAAACACCUUUUGGCUCUCUGGAUAGAUGACUACAUAGUGGGAUUUGUGAGUAAGGAGAAGGAGCGAGCUUUACUGAAAGACAAGCUGCCAGGGACGUUUUUACUGAGGUUCAGCGAGAGCAGCAGGGAAGGCGCUAUCACAUUUACUUGGGUGGAUCGGUCAGAGAAUGGGGAAAUGAGACUUCAUUCAGUGGAACCUUACUCCAAGAGUCAGCUGUUAGCUGUUCCUUUGCCUGACAUCAUUCGCGACUACAAAGUAAUGGUGGCUGAGAACAUUCCAGAGAACCCCCUGCAGUACCUGUAUCCUGACAUCCCGAAGUAUAAAGCCUUUGGCAAACAUUACAACAAUAAGCCGAAAGAAGUUUCUGAGCCCACAGAGACAGAGAAGAAAGGGUAUAUCUCCUCAAGGUUUAUCCCGUUCUCUGAAUUUCCAAAUGCUUCCACAGCCCCAGUUUCCUCAUCAGACCUACUUCCCAUGUCACCGGGAGUAUAUGCUGAACUGAAACAGCAACUGAGUCCAGCAGAAAUCGAGACUGCUGUAUGUUUUGAAGAAAUGAUUUGAAACUGAAUUUCAAUGGCUUCUCACUAUUACAUUCACGCCAAAUGCUGUAUAUCAUACAUAUCUGAUCAAGUGUUUAAUUUCAAAGAAGGAUGAAUAAGUGUUAUCCAGCUAUGUAUUUACAAUGUGGGAAAACUAAGAAAGAAUUUAUUAGCAUGAUGUUAAGAAUGACAACUAUGUAAUAUUUAACAACCGGAUAGCCAGGUAAUAUUCAACAGCCAUGUUACAAAAUAUUAACUGUUGUUAACAUUAAAUACCCAAUUUGUAACAUGCACUGAAUUGAGCAGAAUAUUCUCCAUCAUACUAUCCAAAACUUAUUUACAAGCUGGUCUUGAUGCAAAGUGAUAAAAGUGUUAUAAAAUGCUUGUUAUGUCCGUAAACCUAAUUACCUUAUAUUAUAGUCACAUCUGAGAUCCAUCUCAAUGCUAUAUUCAAACAACCUGUCGUGUUUAAUUUUGUACCUCCCUAAGGCACAUAAAUUAAGAGAUAGCACAGCUCUGUUAUCAUCUUAUUUCUUGCCCAGAUGUUACUUCUGUUUUAGCAUUUGUUAAAAGUUUGCAUUUAUUUUUGUAUCCACUCCAAAAGAUACUUUCUUUUCAGCGAUGAUUGUAUAACUUAUUGCAUAACUUAGUUUCAAACGUUUAUGUCACAAAGUAUCCGUCUUGUUCCAAAACUAAAAAUAGUAGUAAAUAUCCAGUAUAACUUGCACUUACAGAUUGAAACAUUGACCAAGUUGCAGGCGAGGAGUCUAACAUAAUGCAGAACCAUCAUUAUUUUCAUGAGAAAAACCUUUCGAGAGAGUAUGAAUACUACUUAAGUUAGUUUGGAUAUUGUCAAUUAGAAAAUCGAGCAGAGAUGCCUUUUUGAACUACUUCAUCUGUGCUUCUGUGAGAGAGUGCGCUGUACGAUCUGUACACAUAGAAUUAAUGGUCUCAAAGCCAUUACUCACCAAAAACUAAUGCAUUGUUUCCAAUUUGUUUUGUUUCCUGAAAAUUGAUAGUCUACAUUAAAGAUAUUUGGUGCGUGCCUCUGCAUGGGCACCAAGAGAUUUCGGAGCUCUGGGAUGUUUUACAAAUUCUACACAAACCUCCUCUUCAUUUGACUGUGUAAAAUAUCUUAAUAUAUUUGUAACUUGUUUUUGAAUGUUUUCUUUCCAAUAACCGCGUUUGCACUUUGAUUUUCAAAAAGUGCUUCUCCCUAGUGUUCAGCGGAAUCCACUUAAUAUAACAUAGACCUUUAUGGCAUAAAAUGGAAAGCUGAAGUGCUUUACUUUUUUUAGUUGCAAACUUGUUACAAUUGCAUGUGAGUUUGUUAAGGAGGUCAAAUGUUCAAACAAGUUUCAGUUUGUGUAACAUGGUAUAGGAUGCAUUUGUAAUAAAUAAGUACAUUUUCGAAAA